CGGGACCCCAAGCGCGCUGGCUCCGCCCCCUGGCGGCCGGCUCGGCUGCGGCGUCGGCGUCUGCUCAGAACAGACCCCGCCCGUCGAGGAGGAGGGAGGGCCGCAAAUAUCGACAUGCUGCUGGAGGAGGUCCGUGCCGGCGACCGGCUGAGCGGGGCGGCGGCCCGGGGAGACGUUCAGGAGGUGCGCCGCCUUCUGCACCGCGAGCUGGUGCACCCCGACGCCCUGAACUGCUUUGGCAAGACGGCGCUGCAGGUCAUGAUGUUUGGCAGCCCCACCAUCGCCCUGGAGCUCCUGAAGCAAGGUGCCAGCCCCAACGUCCAGGAUGCCUCCGGCACCACUCCAGCCCAUGAUGCAGCCCGCACUGGAUUCCUUGACACCCUGAAAGUGUUGGUGGAGCAUGGCGCUGAUGUCAAUGCACCUGAUGGCACCGGGGCCCUCCCCAUCCAUCUGGCAGUGAGAGAAGGUCACACGGCUGUGGUCGGCUUCCUGGCUGCCGAGUCCAAUCUUCAUCACAGGGACGCCAGGGGGCUCACACCUCUGGAGCUGGCAAGGGGAAGAGGCGCUAAGGAUCUCAUGGACAUACUGCAGUGGCACACGGUGGCACCACUGUGACCUGGGGCCACCCACUCCGGCAGCAGGACCCGGCUGGGUUCUGUGUCAGAAGAGGAGGGAAGAAACACUUUCUCCCUUUCUUCCUCCUGCCCACUGCCGAGGGGCACCAGUUUGUGGCUUGUUGGUGUUGAUUUCUGGGGUGUGUGUGUUUGAGGUACAUUUCUCUUUUUUUUUUUCUCACCCCUUUUGGUGUGUUGGGCAGAGAAGGGCUCCUGCAGGCAACAGCCACCUAAACGGUUCGGUUUCCUCCACGCCCCGACUGCUGGGGCUACAGACGAGUCCCAAGGGCAGAGCGUUUAAAGCCCCAGACCUAGAGUGAGGUCAUCGCUUCCAAGGCUCCUGGAACCUGUCGACCUUGGCUGGCUGUACCCAGAGAGAGACCUCAAGUGUGCACACUGCUUUCCGGCAUGGGGGAGGGGGGAGUGUUCCAAAUCAAUAAAAGGGUAGUAUGAGUUCAUUCAUAUUUUGUUGAAAGCUUGGUUUCCAGUCCCUUGUACAGCAUUAAAGAAAAAAAAAGUCUAUUUAUUAUGAUUUAUGGAAGAAAUUGUUGUGUGUGUAAUUUAAUGUUUUUACCCAUUAAAUUAAGACUUGUGCAUGA